GCCGAUCUGUUCCCCGCCGAAUGUGCUAUUAAAAUUCAACAAGAGGCAACCUCCGUGAGAGGUUACAUUAUUGGCGGGGGCGCGCGCGCACGCACGCACGUGCGCGCUCGCGCAGCUGGCGUGCACGAGUUCAAUGGACGGCAGAAAAAGGGGGAAGCCGCACCGAGGUCCGAGUUUAUUCUUUUUUUUGGGGUGUUCGUUUAAAAGAACUUUGAGACUGAGUGUAAAAGGAGAAGUAAAUAGAUCGAAAUCGAAGAGAGGAGGAGGAGGAGGAGGAGGAAGAGGAGGAAGAGGACGGGGGGGGGGGGUAGCAGAAGCAGAAGCAAGUCCCGGUAAAAGCGGUGGAGCCGGGAUCCAAAAGGGGGAGCGAUGCCAUCUCCCGCAGAGUGGAGCCCAGUCCUCCUGCGUCGCGUGUCGGAGCUGCAGCAUGGCGCCCCUCUCCGGACCCUGGACCCCCGGGAGACCCCCGCGCCCCCUCCCUCUCCCGCCGCUGCCGCUUCUGCUGCUGCUUCUGCUCCCGGCGUCGCCGGAGCCGUGCCCGCUGCCGCUGCCGCCGCCGUCGUGCCGCGUCCUCGCCCGGAUCGGACACACCGUGCGCCUGGGCGCCCUGCUGCCCGCCCGCCAGCCGGCCCGGAUCCAGAACGCGCUCAACCGCGCCCUAGCUAGUCUCCGCCACCAGAGCGCCACCGCGUCGGACUCGUCCGGCGGCGGCGGCACCGCCACCUCCACCGCCCCCGGCGGGGCGAAACCGCCUCGGAGCCUCCCGCUGCUGCCCUACAACCUCAGCCUGGAGGUGGUGGCUCGGUCCCCGGCCGGAUGGGACCCGGCGUCGCUGUCCCGGUGCGCCUGCCACGAGCUGGUGGUGCGCGGGGUGUCCGCCGUGCUCGCCUUUCCGCGUUCCACCGAGGAGCUGGUCCAGGUGGAGUUCCUCUCCUCUUUCCUGGAGACCCCCUUCGUGUCCAUCUUGGAGGACACUGAGCCCCUCGUCACCGAGAACGCGUUCCACCUGCAGAUGUCGGCCCGCGUGCCUCCGUCCUCCCUGGGCGGCUUGCUUCUGGCGGUCCUGCGGGGCGGCGACGGGGACCGGGGCGGCGCAGAGGAAGGCGGGCGGGGCGGCGCCGCCGUGGUCUGCCCCGGCUGGGAGGAGGGCAGCGACGGGCUGCUGUCCCACCUGCGGAGCCGCGGCGGGGCCGCCUGGCACCUGCGGGACGUGGUCAAUCUGACCCAGGUCUCGGGGGCCGGCGGACGUGGGGAAGCCGGCGAGGACCAGCGGGAGAAAGAGGUCCUGAGGAUCCUCUCCGCGCGCUUACUGCGGGCCGCCUCGCCCGUCUCCAGCGUCCUGGUGCUGGGCUCGGACCCGGAGUGUCUCUCCUCGGUGCUGCGGGCGGCCCAGGGGCUCGCCCCCUCGCUCCCGGCCCUGCUUUGGAUCAUGGGGUAUCCCCUGUCACCGGACUCCCUGCACACUUUGGGGGGUCCUCUCGGCCUGCUGGCCUACGGGGAGGUCGGGCGCAAGCCCGUCAGCUUCUACAUCCGCGACGCGCUGCAGCUGAUUGGCCGAGCCGUCACCGCGGCAGCCGUGGCCAGGCCCGACUUGGCGCUGAUCCAGAACGUGUUGAACUGUUACGACAAAGCGACGCGACGGGAACCGGCUUCGUCGGGACAAUACCUGUCCAGGUUUUUCCCCAACACCUCCUUUACCGGGGCCACGGGCUUGAUCCAGGUGGACGCCGGCCUCUCCAGAGUACUUUCCUCACAGCUCUUCCACGUUUGGAGCCUCAAGAGGGGCGCCCUCGGCCAGCCAGCCUGGGUCACCGUGGGCCAGUGGUCCCGAGGCAGGCUGGAGUUGGAGGGCGGCGUCCAUGGGUUGGUUGGAGGCUUUGGCAGCAGUCAGGGUCAAGGUCUCGGCGCCGGGGUGAGGGGAGGCGACGGGCAAGGGGAUUUUCACGCCGGGGGACGCUGGAGACCCGGGCUUUCCGUGGAGGGGCACCGUCUGCGGGUAGUGACGCUGGUGGAGCACCCGUUUGUGUUUACUCGCGAGGUGGACGAGGACGGGAUGUGUCCGGCCGGACAGCUCUGCCUGGACCCCAGGAACAACAGGUCGGACGUGAUACAAGGACUCUUCAACCAGCUGCAUAACCCCAAUGCGUCAGUGGCGGACUGGGACGGCGUCAGCCUUCCGGACGACCUGCGCAAGUGCUGCUACGGGUACUGCAUCGACCUGCUGGAGAAGCUGGCCGAGGACAUGGGCUUCACCUUCGACCUCUACAUCGUCGGGGACGGGAAGUACGGGGCGAUGAGCGGCGGCGGGCGCUGGACCGGCCUGGUCGGCGACCUGAGGAACGGCGUGGCGGACAUGGCGGUCACUUCCUUUUCCAUCAACUCGGCCAGGAGCAGGGUCAUUGACUUCACGUCGCCGUUCUACUCCACCAGCCUGGGCAUCCUGGUUCGCAGUCGGGACACCGCCGCCCCCAUCGGCGCCUUCAUGUGGCCCCUGCACUGGUCCAUGUGGGUGGGCAUCUUCGUCACGCUCCACCUCACCGCGCUCUUCCUCACCCUGUACGAGUGGAACAGCCCCUUCGGCAUGACCCCCCACGGGCGCAACCGGGUGCGCGUCUUCUCCUAUUCCUCCGCGCUCAACCUCUGCUACGCCAUCCUGUUCGGCCGCACUGUGGCCACCAAGACCCCCAAAUGCUGGACUGGCCGCUUCCUGAUGAACCUGUGGGCCAUCUUCUGCCUCCUGGUCCUGUCCAGCUACACGGCAAACCUGGCCGCCGUCAUGGUCGGCGAAAAAACCUUCGAGCAGGUGUCGGGAAUCCACGACGAAAAGCUGCACCACCCCUCGCUGGGCUUCCGAUUCGGGACGGUGCGGGAGAGUAGCGCCGAGGACUACAUGAAGAAGAGCUUCCCCGAGAUGCACGACUACAUGCGACGCUUCAACCAGCCCACCACCCCCGACGGCGUGCAAAUGCUCAAGACGGAGCCUCAGACUCUGGACGCCUUCAUCAUGGACAAAGCGCUGCUGGAUUUCGAGGUGUCCAUCGACGCCGACUGCAAACUUCUCACCGUGGGGAAGCCGUUCGCCAUCGAAGGUUACGGCAUCGGCCUGCCGCAGGGCUCGCCCCUGACCCGCAACGUGUCCGAGUUCGUGAGCCGCUACAAGUCGGACGGCUUCAUGGACAUGCUGCAUGACAAAUGGUACAAGGUGGUGCCCUGCGGGAAGCGCGUCUUCGCCGUGACCGAAACGCUCCAGAUGGGCAUCCAGCACUUCUCGGGCCUGUUCGUCCUGCUGUGCAUGGGGGUGGGUGGUGCCUUGCUGACCUUGGCGGGCGAGCACACCUUCUACCACCUGGUCAUCCCCCGCCUCCGCCGCAGACACACGUUGCAGUACUGGCUGCACACCAGCCAGAAAAUCCACCGAGCUCUCCACACGGCGUACGAGGACGAAGGCAAAGAGCUGACGGGCCUUGAGCAAAACGCCUCCUCUUGUAUCUCCGAGAACUGCAGCCUGCACAGGAAGCAGCAUCAGAAGCCUCCCCCGGCGUCUCCCGCCAAAUCCCUCCCCGCCUCCAGCUCGGCGGCGGACGGCGGCAGCUCGUCUUCGCCGUCCCACGAGCCCAAGGAGAAGCGGGUGCACUUUGACCUGGACACCCUCCACAGCUACCGGCUGCGUACCCACACCGCCUCGGUGCGCGGACGGCCCGGCAUGGUAGGCCGUCCCGGCCUGGGCCUCGGCGGGUUGGGUUUGCCCGGCCUGGGGAGUUUGGGGCUCCAAGCCAACGGGGGUCCGGUCUCGGCGCUGGCGUCCUCGGGUUUGGUACUCUCCCCUCUGGCGGGAAGGGACGGCCAGACCAGCGUAUGGGAAGGGGAACUCCGGGAGCUGCAGGAGAAGAUCGAGAUUUUCCGGAACCAGCUCCGCGAAGCCCUGGCCAGGAGGGCGGAGAUCCAGACCAGCUUGGAGAGGGAGCGCAGCGGGACGGCGCGCCGGGAUACCAGCCUGGACAGGGACCGUGACCGCUCGCGGGUCCAGACCAUCAGCACAGACAAGAGUAGCGGGGCUCAGCCCGAAACGCUCAACAACCAGCCUCACCCGGUCGCUCCCGGGAACCUCACGCCCACAAGGAGCAGCCAGUCGAACGCAAUCAACAGUCUGGACCGAGGGCGGGUCGCCCUCUUACGCUCCGUUCUGACGCAGGCGGAGGACCGGACCGGCCAGUCGCGCGGCGCCUCUUCCGCCAGCUUGGACCGGAGUCGACUCGGCCAGCCCGGCGCCGUCCCGUCGGCUCAGGACACUUUGAGCCUGGACCGGCAGAAGGCGAGCCCGGCGCCCGUUCUUAGCACUUUGGAGAGGACGAGAGCCGGCCAAUCAGACGCAGGGGGUGGGGACUGAUUUAACUUCCUCUCUGGGGUGCAAUAGUGCAUAGCCGUGGGAAGACAUUAUUGAUUAUUACACAGUCAUUUCUACAUUUUAGUGUCAAUAUCUACUGUAGUACAGCCAUUUUUUUUUUUCAGCAAUAAUAAUUAUGAGCUGAAUACAAGAGAAUAUAUAUAGUUUUGAGUAGACCCAGUGCAGCGGAGAAAUAUGUAAUUUUGCCCAGCCCAAAUCCGUAAAGAAAAUUAUAUUUUUACGUAAAUGCUAAAAAAAAAAUAAACCCAAAGAAAAAAUAUUUUUUCCAUUAUUCUUUAAAUAAUGCCAACUUUAUUCUGAAUACUUGAUAUAAUAAUUCUUAUAAUAUUGAUUUUGGCCCAUGCCCCCUGAACACCACUCACGUCGGAAUUUGCUCUGUUAUCGUCUCGGAAAAUACAAUACGAAAAUGAAAUGUAUUCUUUUAUUGAUUGGCGGCAACGGUGGAGCGGGUGGUGAAAGCGUUGGCCUCGCAGUUCUGAGGUCUCGGGUUCAAUCCCGGACCUUCCCUUUGUGGAGUUUCCAUGUUCUCCCCGUGCCGGCGUGGGUUUUCUCCGGGCUUCCAAAAACACGCAACAUUAAUUGCCCCAAGGUGUGAUUGUGAGUGCGGGCGUUUGUCUCCGUGUGCCCUGCGAUUGGCUGGCGACCAGUUCAGGGUGUGCCCCACCUCCUGCCCGUUGACAGCUGGCAUAGGCUCCAGCAUCCUUGUGAGGAUAAGCAGCAAAGAAAAUGGAUGAACGGAUGGAUUUUAUUUAUUGUCAGGCUGUCAAACAUCACACUGGAUUGCCAUUCAGUUCUGCACUCAACCACUAGACGGCGCCCUUGCCAUUCUUCCCACGGCUAUGGACGCUGAGGACAUUUAUCAAGUAAUCUAUUUUUAAAGAAGAACAAAAAAAGAGAGAGAGAGAAAGAUCUUGAAGACCUUUGUGGAUUUCUUGGAGCACUGGGUACAUUUUCAGCUGAUCAUGUGUAACACCGCUGCAGUUAUUACUACUUUAUUACCAUAUUUGGACCCGAGGACGUCACUCGAAGGCUUUUAAAGAUUUAAAACUCAAAAAUUGAGCUCGGAGCUCUCCAGAAAGAGAACACAGUUUACAUCCAGCAACGCGCGGUAGUAAAAUGUUGACGCCAAAUACUUUUCACCAUCUAAUUACAAACACGUUGUAACCACAGUU